CGCUCAUUUACUUAACACUUCCCUACCGCCGGGAAAGCAAACACUCCUCCUGGAGCCGCAGAGGAGCAAGAAGUAAGAUCGAUGCCGAGUGAGUGUUUGCAGAAAGCCGUCACCCGGAGUCUGCAAACCGACAGCGCCUGCUGUAUUUAUGUAUUUAUUUUUGUAAAAUCUUUUCUCAUACACGCCGAGGAGCUCCGAGACUACAGGAGCGCUCACUUCGGGACAGAGAAGUCUUCAGGGAAGCUCCUCCAGGCAUGGAGCGGCGGCUGCUCUGAUUGACUACGGUUGUUUUUUGUUUUGUUUUUUUCCCUGCAUUCGCUUAGACGUUCAUAAUGGUGCCAUAACAUUGAUGAAACAGGAAGGCAGGUCAGCGUGGGUCAGUCAACUCCAUAUCUGUGCCCUGAUUGUUUCCACAGGAGUGUUGAUGUCUUCAGAGGAACCUGACUUAAGAGAAGGCUGACUGGAUAAAAAACACGCAGCUCUCUCAAUAGGAGCAGCCCUUCUCAUUGACUGCUUCAGAUUCAGAGCUUUGGAUCAAAGCGAUGGCUGCAUACGGACAGACUCAGUACAGCCCUGCCCUUCAACCCGCAGGACCAUACGCAGCGUACACGCACCACACACAAGGUUAUAGCAUGCCCUCUUACAACAUAAAAACUGAAGAUGGUCUGAGUCACUCUCCAGGACAGACGGGUCUGCUGGGCUACUCAAACUUCAGCGGCACCCCUCCGAGUCAAAGCCUCUACAGCUACUCACACACACAUGGCGCUGGUAUUUCAUCUGGACUCUUUCAAGGGACACAUGCAAUCUCGAGUUCAACCCCAUUCAACCCAACCCAACAAGAAUUUUCGGCAUAUUCCAGCUACAGUCAGAGUCAGUACUCUCCCUAUUAUAAUUCACAUCACUACAACAGUCCCUACAUAACCAGCAGCAACAUCAGUCCUGCAGCAAUCACAGCUCCAUUACCCUAUCAGCACCCAGAGCACUCGGUAAUGAUGCCCAAUCACAGCCCAGAGUCACAUACAGCAGAUUACCACCCGCCUCCCAGCCCGCCAACACCAGGUAAAGAAGAGGGAAUCCCAGGACGAAGGGGAUCCGAUAGCAAGUUGAGAGGAAGAAAAAGAGUCAUUGACCCCGCUCCCCCUCUUGACUCCGAUAUAGAGCGUGUGUUUAUCUGGGAUCUGGAUGAAACCAUCAUCAUUUUCCAUUCGCUCCUCACGGGAACUUUCUCCUCACGGUUUGGCAAGGACUCAUCAAAGGCUGUUUCUCUCGGUUUGUGGAUGGAAGAAAUGAUCUUCAAUCUAGCCGACUCAAGACUCUUUUUCAAUGACCUGGAGGAAUGUGACCAGGUUCAUAUCGAUGACGUGGCAUCAGAUGACAAUGGACAAGACCUGAGCACUUACAACUUUGGGUCGGAUGGCUUCCAGAGCCCAGCAGGAGCAGGAUCGUUGUGCCUGGGGUCAGGCGUCCAUGGAGGGGUGGACUGGAUGAGGAAGCUGGCUUUCCGAUACCGCAGAGUCAAGGAGAUCUACAACACUUACAAGAAUAAUGUUGGAGGUUUGCUGGGCAGUCCCAAGCGAGAGGAAUGGUUACAGCUGAGGAGAGAGAUGGAAGUCCUGACUGACCUGUGGCUGACUCAGGCACUAAAAGCCCUGGCUCUCAUCAACUCCAGGCCUAACUGUGUGAAUGUGUUGGUGACCACCACCCAGCUUAUCCCGGCUCUCUCCAAGGUGUUGCUGUACGGUCUUGGCUCAGCCUUCCCAAUAGAAAACAUCUACAGCGCAACAAAGACAGGAAAGGAGAGCUGUUUUGAGCGUGUGUCUCAGAGGUUUGGUCGCAGGGCGGUCUAUGUGGUAAUAGGAGAUGGAGCCGAAGAGGAGGCCGUAGCCAAGAAGAAGAACAUGCCAUUCUGGAGGGUGUCCUGCCGGGCUGAUCUGGAGGCUUUGAGCCAUGCACUGGAGAUGGACUACCUCUAGAGGGCAGCAGCCGUCAAGGUCUGCACUCUUUAAUUCCCGAGUGCGUUUGUGAAGCAGCCUGCUGGGACUGAUUUGGAGUCAAUAUUGCUGAGCACCGCAGCGGAGACAGUAAAAGCAGGCUUGAGGAAGUGUGUUGAGUUGGAAGCACAGCUGCAGAAAAGGACACCAACAUGAAGCCAAAAGUCCUUCAACCAAACCGUGGAAGUAAAAAAAAAGGACCAAAGCUUAACUAAUCCCAGGGAACUAUGGUUAGUACUGCAAGUAUUAAACAAAAUAUAAAAAGCAAAAUGUUUUUUUCCUUUUUUUUUGUCUUGGUUUAUCUCAAGUUUGUGGAAUCAUGUCCCAGUUAUUGCACUGAAUGCAAAUUCUGACUUCCUGUUAAAUGAACUCAAAUCAAGAUGGAUAAAAUGUUCUGAUUGCUCAAACUUGUACUGUUUUGUGUAGAGAUAAUUUCUCUGGGCAAUACUAUUUUUAAACCAAGAACAGUUUAUGUAAUACAACAUAGUUUACUUCCACUAAAUUUGUAGUUAAUUUGUGUCAAGUAGCUCUUUCUUACAUUUAGAGGCUAUUGAGAUGGUUUGUAUUUUGGCACCAAAACAACGGUUAUUUAUUAUGGGUUUAAUUCUGCAACACAGUGAGUUAAUUUGACAGUUUGGCAUAAAAACAACAAAAAAAAAACUAAAUAAUCCAUAAAGACUAGAGCUAUGUUCUGGUAAAAAUGUGUUUUUUAUAAGAAAUUGCCAUGCAGAUGCUGUAUUUUAGACUGGUGCUUGAAAACUUACUUUUGAUUCUGGGUUGUACAUCUUCUCUGUUGCUCUUUAGUUUCCUAUUAACCUGUUUGUAAUGUAGAUAAACUGGUAUGGCUAUGGUUGUGCAUGUGCUGAUUGCAAAGCCUGUAAGCUUAGUCAUGGUUUGUAUAUAAUGCUUUAAUGUCCAUUUGUUUUGACAGUUUAAGUAGAAAAAGAUAAAAAAUAAAUUAAUUGCAUUUUGGGGAA